GCCCAGACAGCUGUGCUGCCCAGUUCAUAGACGGGCCUCUCAGGAGACACCUGAGAAGAUCCCAGGCUGGCAGCCCUUUCUCCAAGGUCAGCACGUGCUGCCUGACCCCUCCUCAGUGCCCUGACGUGUUGGCAGCUAGGAGCGUGGUGAGAGAGCCUGAAUUUGAGAAGUUACUUCCAGAGUCAGAUCAGCCAAGGGUGGUGAGAUUCGGACUCAGAAUCAAAAGAGAUGAGCAGUCCUCAGCCUUUGGAAGAGGAGACAUACGAUAUGUCGGGUGCCCGCCUGGCCCUGACACUGUGCGUCACCAAAGCCCGGGAAGGUUCCGAGGCAGAUCUGGAUGCUCUGGAGCGCAUGUUCCGGCAGCUGGGCUUUGAAAGCACCAUGAAGAGAGACCCUACCGCCCAGCAAUUCCACGAAGAGUUGGAAAAGUUCCAACAGGCCAUCGAUGCCCGAGAAGACUUUGUCAGCUGUGCCUUUGUGGUUCUCAUGGCACACGGAUUAGAAGGGCGUCUCAAAGGGAAGGAUGAGAAGAUGGUCGAGCUGGAGGACCUCUUCCAGGCUCUGAACAACAAGAACUGCCGGGCCCUGAGAGCCAAGCCUAAGGUGUACAUCGUGCAGGCUUGUCGAGGAGAACAAAAGGACCCUGGUGAACCAGUCACUGGAGGGCAUCUUGUGAUGAUCACAGAAAACACUCCUGAAACCAUCCCAACAUACACAGACACCCUCCAUGUCUUCUCCACCAUAGAGGGGUACAUUGCCUACAGACACGACCAAGAGGGCUCCUACUUCAUCCAGACUCUGGUUGAUGUGUUCAUCAAUAAGAAAGGACCCAUCCUCGAGCUUCUGACAGAGGUGACCCGGCGGAUGGCAGAAGCAGAGAUGGUUCAAGAAGGGGAAGCAAAGAAAGUGAACCCUGAAAUCCAAAGCACUCUUCGGAAACGACUCUAUCUGCAGUAGUUGAAAGGGUGGGGGUGCAGCUCUCUUUCAGGUGCCCUCUCUGCCCCCACAGAGAUUCAAAAGCAGCUCUCACCACUUCUCCAAAAUCUUCUCUUCCCAAAGCUAAAUGGUGCCCAGCUCUUCACCCUUCAUGAAGGUCCUCCUUCAAUCUAUCCCCAUCCUUCUUAGGGCAAACCAGCUAAAACUGAGCACAAGGCAUGGUGAUAACAUUAACAUCACCUCCCUCAGGCUGGACUCUCCACCUCUAUUAAUAUACCUAAAAAGACACUCACUUAUCCCACUCUCUAUUCCUAUGCUCUGGUGAAGCCCUCUUCUUUCUGCCAUGAAUCAUACCCAUACAAAUGUAACCAGAUAACACUCAAGAUUUUCCACUGAUAAACCAUGCCCAUUCAUCACCUCCCAUCCCAAUCAAAACUUCACUGGCUCUGGAAUUUCACGUGGAAUUAUAACCUCCUCCUCCUGGCAAUUGCAUCCAUUCCCAUCUCCGAGAGAUUUCCUCUCAACUUCUGGAAAUUCAGUAAAGCAAGAGUUGUUCUCUCUCCAAGACCCCUCUUCUUUGGCCAGCAAGCAGGUGCCUUGACGCCAUCCACCUCAUGGGUUCUCUCUGGUUAAUGGAGCUGCUUCCUCCUUUUCUGAAGCCCUUCCUCCUAACUAAUGCCACCCCAUCCACUGCUCUGAAUUCUGACAUCUGUCUGAGACAAUCCAUCCAUUUACCCAUUCUCAGGUUUUGACUCUCUUUUUUAAAAGAAAAAUUUCUGUUUUUAAUUGGAGGAUAAUUGCUUUACUAUGUUGUGUUGUUUCUGCUGUACAACAGUGUGAAUCAGCCAUAAAUAUAAUAUAUCCCCUCCCUCUUGAACCUCUCUCCCACCCCACCCCCAUCCCACUCGUCCAGGUUGUCACAGAGCACUAGGUUGAGUUCCUUGUGUCACACAGCAACUUCCCACUAGUCAACUUCCAACCACUCUAAAUCAUAGCAUGUUGGAGCUAUGGAAAAACCCCUAGUGUUACCCUGUUACUUUUCAGAGAAGGUUAUAGAGGACUAGAGAGGCUAAAUCUCUUCUCAAAUACCACACAGUAAGCCAGUGGCAGGGUCAAGGUCUGGCUUCCAGGCUAGCCCCACUUCCAUUACCUGCUAAGUCUUCCAUUAGUGAGUGUGUGAUUAGUCACUCAGUCUGAUCUCUUUUUGACCCCAUGGACUGUAAUCCACCAGGCUCCUCUGUCCAUGGCACUCUCCAGGCAAAAAUACUGAAGAGGGUUGCCAUGCCCUCCUCCAGGGGAUCUUCCCAACCUUGGGAUCUAACCCAAGUCUCUUGCAUCUCCUGAAUUGGCAGACAGGUUCUUUACCACUAGCACUACCUGGGCAAGUUUACCUCCAUGGGAUUCUGACACUGGGCUGGAAGCUGGAUCAGAGGCUCCCAAGUCUAUGACAACUUUCUAUCUAUCUACAGCCCUGACCUUUCCCACCAUGAUAACCUGUGGUCAUAUCUGCCAUCACUGAAAACUCAUGGCUAAAGAAGAAUCAUUUCUUCCUGGUCCAUCCUCCAAGUGUUCCCUGGAACCAUCAACCUCAAACCUCUGCAGUCAUCUAUGACACCCAUCUUCCUUCAUCCUUCAUAUGUCAUCAGCUACCAUACCCAGCCCAGCUUGACUUUGAAACAUUCUCUUCCUUUCCUUGUCACUCUCUAGUUCCAUCCUCUCAUGUCUGUAUCUUUGCACCAGUUUCCUUCCUUGUCUCUAUGCCCUCCCAUCUCACUCCUCCUCUGACCUCCAUAUCAUCUACAAUUCUUGAUCUCCCCAGAACACUAAAGAAGACACAAUGGUGCCUCAUUACACAGAGAUCAAGGCUCAACUCCACACCCUGAUUUCUCACACCUGUACAAUCCCACUUCUAUCAGCAAUCAUCUAAACUCAUCUCCCACCACCCCCAACCAUGCUCCAACAACAAGACUAAUGUCUUACUCAUCCCUGCAUCUAAGCCUUUGCUCUUACCAUUUUUCCAAGCAUGAGUGCCCUCUCUCUCUUGUUCACCCACUUUCCACUAUCUCCCACCCCUGCUUAUUCCAGAAAGCCAUUCCUAAUAUUCUUUCCGGUUGAUUCUGCUCUCUCACCCAGGAUCAGACACAAAUUACAAUUUCUCCAGGGUGGGGAACAAGUCUUUCCUCAACAUAAUAGAUGUUCAGUAAAUAGUUGUCAAACUUUAAAAAUCUGUUGGGUCUCCAUUCCUACCCUGCAAAUAGGUUCAUCAGUACUAUUUUUCUAGAUUCCAUAUAAUAUGCAUUAAUGGGUGGUAUUU